AUGACUGUUUUAAUGCACUUUUUUCUUGCCAAAAGUGUUGAUGAACUUGCAGGUACCAAUAAAGAACACACGGAACAUAAAAGUGAUUCACCGGAAGUGAGGAAAGUCACCGACCAAAUUCAAAACCAGAGUGAACCAGCAACAUUAAUGCUAACACCCUCUAUCAUGGAGACUAGAAGAGUUUCAAACUCUUACUUAAUCAAAGAGGAACCACCGCAUUUUAAAGCUCAAGCCCAAACCCGAGGAGGAGUUAAUGAAGCAACACGACAACUCAAAGCACCUGAUCAAAAUAGAGGAGUGAUCCUAUCUUCCUUGCUCAAAAGAGAGCCACCUGAUGCACCAGGCAUCAUCAAACCGCCACCCUACCAAGGUAAGACCUUAGCCUCCCAAAAUCGAAUGAAAGCUAACUUGCUUUCUCUUGGUGCAGAUUGUACAGUUUCGAGGUCGAAACUUUUUCAAGGGAGAGGGUAUGAUGCGGACAUCCAAAUCAAACCAAACCGGGAGUAUACCAAACCAGCCGGUACAUAUAUCAAACCGGUUGAUAUGGAGCAUUUUGGAGGAUUCUUGCCCAAAUGGAGUCCUAAUCAAGCACAAGGCCUAGGGUUAAUUGUUCACCAGCAAAUUAACCCUAAGAAGACUAAUGAUGGUUCAAGAGGAAUUAAAGACCAGCGAGCUGAAUCACCAUGUUAUGGGAAUUUGACCGUUGCACUCUUUUUCCCUUAUCUAGGGUUUGUCCCAAUGGGUUUACCUAGAAAGGUUUUUAACGAGGCAACAUCAAGUCAUCAAGGAAUCAUUUACCAAGCAAUUGAUUCGAAGAUGUUACAAGUACAUAUAGCUGAUGUACUUGCUGACAGACCGGCUGCACUACUUGCUGAACUAUUCGUUGAACUACUUUCUGAAGUACUACGUCAAAUGAAGCCAAACAAGGAAAUCUUCCUUAUUCUACACUUGGACGCACCUCAAAGCUACACAUGGAAACCAGGAGAACAUCUAGGCUACACAAGACAUGUACCACACAAACUUUGGUACACCUUACCACACAAGAACCCGCAGAGUUAUUACUUGCCAUAUAUGGAGCCGAAGGAGAUCAACUUGCAACAACUCUUUCCUUCUUUAUUUGUGCGCUUGUCUGAGAAUCUUGAGACCCUCCAGAAGCUUCUAAGACGUCACAACUUCCUCCCCAAGUUGACAAGAUACAAGGCACACCUCACUUGCCUUACUUGGACCGAUUUUACAUUUAAUGACCAAUAUUUUCAUCAAUGUUUUGUUUCUUUCUUUGAAGUCUUAGAACGUUGUACUCAGCCCUAUAUAAGCUGA